AUGUCGUGCUGUGAUGUAAAUCAACUCGGGGGAGGCCUUCAUUCGCUGCAGCUAAACUCGGCUAACAGCUCGUCAGGAGGCCAUUAUUACAGGGUCAGGAAUUUGAGCAUGAACUUAGACACCGCGCUAUCAGAGAGCAUUGUAGGCAGACAGGACAACCAAAAUGCCGCCGCCUUGUCAGCCGAGGAGGGCAUUGCAAAGCUCCUAAGCCGAACCAACUACUCGAUUUCUCGAGAAAACGGCCAACGACGAUACGGUCCCCCGCCGAACUGGAAGGGUGACACCCCGCCUCGUGGGUGCGAGGUCUUCGUUGGGAAAAUUCCCCGAGACUGCUUCGAGGACGAGCUCAUUCCGAUAUUCGAGAAAAUUGGCCCAAUUUUUAUGUUCCGACUGAUGAUGGAGUUUAAUGGCCACAACCGAGGCUAUGGGUUUUGUGUGUUCACAAAUCGUGAAGAUGCAAAGCGCGCCGUUGAGGAGCUGAAUAAUUAUGAAAUCAGAAAGGGCAAAACCAUUGGCGUCUGUUUGAGUGUCGAUAACUGCCGCCUCUUUGUUGGAGGAAUCCCCAAAAACAAGACUAAAGAGGAGAUUUUCGUUGAAAUGCAAAAGGUUACGGAGGGGGUGAAGGAUGUUAUUUGCUAUCCCAGUGUGGCUGACAAAACCAAGAAUCGAGGCUUCGCUUUUGUUGAAUACGAAAGCCACAAGGCAGCGGCGAUGGCUAGACGCAAACUCAUUCCUGGAAGGAUUCAGCCGUGGGGGCAGCAAAUUGCCGUUGACUGGGCCGAGCCUGAACGCGAGGUUAACGAGGAGAUCAUGUCGAAGGUCAAGAUUUUAUACGUGCGCAACCUGAUGCUAAGCACAACGGAGGAUCAACUGCGUGCUCAGUUUCUGGAAGUUGCUGGUGCUGGGGAUCAAGCCAUCGAGCGGGUAAAAAAGAUAAGCGACUAUGCCUUCAUCCACUUCAAAGACAGGGAAGUGGCCCAGAUCUGUCUUGACAAAUUGAAUGGCACAAUAAUCGAUGGCUCCAUAGUUGAGGUUACCUGGGCCAAGCCCGCUGACAAGGGUGAGCCAGCCCGUUCUCAGGCUGCCCGGUCAGGGAAACAGCUGAUGGACUGGAACAUCAAUGCAGACUUCACUAACGCCACCAACUACUUCCUGGAUCCAGCUACCGCUCUUCUUACCGGCUAUAAUCCACUCAUGUUACCUGGUUCUGGAUGCACCAGAAACAGUUCUUCCAGAAUUGGACGUCGAAACGCCGCAGGAGGCAGAAGUGCUGCUGCUCAGCGUGAACGGAAGCAUCCAGUGGAGAUCAUGGAGGACUUCUGCCAGCGAAAUGGUCUUGAAUCACCCGUGUACACAGCUCUGCCAGUAGACAUUGUAGACUAUUCCAGUGGUGGAAAGAUCCAACUUUUUAUCGGCCAGGUGAGUGAACUGUUCCUUCCAAGGGAGAUUGAGGAUGCUCUUAAAAUCUGUGGAUUAAAACACGACCAACAGGUGAAAUUGUCUCCAAGUGAACGCUUGUUUAUGUUUGCUCUCAAAAUCAAUCGUCAACCACAACUUCAGGUCAUUAUACCGAGUCUACGCCUGCAUUACUUAACGCCGAGGUACUACGGCACAGCCGAGGAAGCCAAAGUCGGCGCAGCAGAAACCGCGGUCUACAAUCUACACUACAAUCAGCUCCAGAUGGCCAUGACGGAAUACCCAUGUACUAGCGGAUUAGGGAGUGAUGAAGAGUAUUCAGGAGUCGAGAGUACUUUGAGAACGGGUCAGUCCACUCCUCUGGCGCCGAGGUCACGUAGAGGGAGGCGACGCAAAGACGAAGACUUCAAUGGAGCCAGGCACCAUCACUCGCUUAGUCCAUUAGGAAAGGCGUCGAAUAGGAACGAUUUCCAAUCGCAAACGAAACACUUUAAGGAUAGAACUAUGAGUUACAAGCAGGUGCAACAGGGUGAUGGCAUGGACGAAGAUCGAGAGCCGUAUUACCAACAACAGCCGCCGCCAUGGGAUCCACAACAGUACGUCUGUGGUGGACAUGAAAUUCUUGACUGUGGCCCGGCGCUCCCGAGACAGAUGACGCCGAAUCCACCAAUGGCUCCAGAUGAAGACUUCGAGGGACUUCCCCUGUGGUGCCACCCAGAGAUGUGCGGUCUCCAAGCCUGUCCACCACCAGUUCAUAUUAUGCCGACUCCGAUCGCUACCGGUCUUCCCUAUGUCUCAGCACUCAGACCCCUUUCAGCAGUUUGCGGAUGCUGCAACCUUUCUGACGAUGUGGUGACGCUGUCGCCUCCAUUCCUAAAUUCACCUCCAACUGGUGGUUGCAAGACUCCACCUUUGAAUGGGGGACUGCCACCAUCAAGUGGAGCCAGUGGACUUACUCAGAGCGCUUCUCCUGCACCAAUUCUCCCAAUGGUCUUUCCACAGGGCAUGCCCAAUCGAAAUCUGCCCUUCUCACCUCUCUCGUGCCAGUCAGGACUAUACCCCUCAUCCACUGGUCCGCUGACGCCAAUGCUACCUCUCUCAACGUACGACAGUGGCCUUUCCUUACAGAUGCAAAAUCAACUUCUCGAGUACCAGUCCCAGUUGAUGUCAAAUCCACUGCUUCCAUGCGGUGGACUGAUUCCAGCUGGAACCCUGGUUGUCGAUCCUGCCACCAUGAAUGUCCCUACCAGUAACUACGGAGGUGUUCAGCCCUGCACAACGAGCGGUGAGGAGGUAUUGGAUGAGUUCAAACAGAAACCGUCGGUUAGUCAGACCAACGCAUCUGGCGCCAAUUCCACGGUUAACUUUCUCCCAUCACUGAUACCUAACUUGUCAACACCCCCCUCAGCUGUUCCUACCACUGGAACGCUGAAUUUUCGAUUGCCAGUUUCACCGACUACCGCCUCCAUACUCAACACACCGCCUGGUCUAGGCAACCUCGCAACGACGACUACCGUGGCUGCGCCACUUGCGGCGACAUCUUUGCUAAAUUCAUUGAGCACUGCUGCCUCGUCCUAA